AUGUAUGCGUACGGUCUGCUUCCUCUCAUUGUAUCCACAUCUGCUGUUGCGAGGGAGAUCGUCUUCCCUCCUAUCGCAGCAAUUCAUGGUUCCGGACAAGUUCCGCUCGGCAAAGAGGAUAGCGUUGAUAUUGUUACGGGUAGUCAGUUCUCGGGGCUGACCACCUUUGCGAACUUGCCUUACGUAAACUGUUUGGUCGAUGACCAGGCACAGUCCACGCCGUAUGACAUUGCCAUCUUGGGUGCCCCGUUUGACACUGGUGUCACCGCUCGCCCCGGUGCCAGAUACGGGCCAGGCGGCAUUCGUCUCGGCUCUCGGCGAUUACAAGGAUGGAGCGUCUAUACGGGAGUCAAUGUCUUUAAAAGCUGGGCGACAAUGGUUAUAUCAUCACGUCCUACAAAUAGUACGGACCUGGGCCGUACGCCUCGUAUUCUUACCCUGGGCGGAGACCACACGACGACACUGUCGGCACUGAGGUCGACCUAUGACAAGUGGGGUCCUGUUUCGGUUAUUCAUUUUGACAGCCACCUCGACACUUGGGAUCCAGAAGUACUAGGCGGCGGUAUAUCCCACUAUGCCGGUGUAAACCAUGGAACCUUCCUUCACAUAGCUCAUGAAGAGGGCCUUAUCCGCAACACAUCCCUCCAUGUCGGCAUCCGUGCCCCUGUCAUGCGCCGAAAGGGCGAUAUCCGAAACGAUAUCCGAUGCGGGUUCGAAAUCAUCAAGGCGCGUGACUUGGAUCGGGUCGGGAUAAAUGGUAUUGUAGAGCAGAUCAAGUCACGAGUUGGUGAUAGCAAGGUGUACAUUUCUGUGGAUAUUGAUGUGUUGGAUCCAGCCUAUGCACCUGCAACGGGGACUGCGGAGCCAGGUGGCUUCACUACCCGCGAGCUUCUUUCCAUCCUGGACGCUCUCCAUGGAUUGCCGGUGAUAGGCGCCGACGUUGUCGAGGUUGCGCCCAUAUACGAUACAGCGGCCGAGACUACGACGUUGGCUGCGGCCGAGGUGGCUCAUUCGUUGCUUUAUCUGAUGGUGGAAACGCCGCCCCACGCCGACUCGUCCUACUUCGGCGCCAACGCCUCCAAAUCCGAUAUCUACACCCAAGUCCUCGAACAAGCGCAGGGUCUUGUCUACGGACAGCGUAACUGGAUACGAAACCCUAACGGAAACAGCAACUUCUCCAACGUCGCCUCCCUCCUCUGGCACGCCUACGCCGCCCUCCCUAGCCCCUCCUCCUCCGUCAACUGGGCCGGCUUCUACAUCCGCCAGGACAAGUUCCCCAAUGCCCAGCCCACCGACACCCAGAAGCCCGUCCUCUGGCUCGGACCUUUCCAGGGCCGGCCGGCGUGUCAGGAGAUUCGGUUCGGGCGGGGCGUGUGCGGCACGGCGGCUGAGAAGCGCGAGACCGUCCUGGUCGGUGACGUGCUGAGCUUCCCGGGCCAUAUUGCUUGUGAUGCUAGUUCGAGGAGCGAGAUUGUGGUGCCGAUUUUGGUGGGUGGGGAGACUGUUGCGAUUAUUGAUGUUGAUUGUACGGAGCCCAAUGGGUUUGAUGAGGUUGAUCAGAAGUAUUUGGAGGACUUGGCCAAGCUUUUGGCGGAGGCUUGUGAUUGGUAG